CGUUGCGCACAGUUAGGGGAAUUUUCUCAGGAUUUACUCUCGACAAAACCCACAUUUUGGGUAAAAACGGGCAUUCUGAUCCACUAGUUUACUGAGUAAUUUGCUGCAAUCGAAAUUACGCCAUCAAUACACUGGAAACACCAACUUCCUGCUGUGGUCGCUUUAUUGUACAACAAACAAACAAAUGUCAACACAUUCAUAAAAAGAAAGCUUUAAAAUGUCCUCGCCAGAUAUGAUCCUGUCGAACGAACAGGUCUCGCCCGUGGGCGACAACAUAGCAACAGAUUGGCAACCAAUUACGCUGACGCUGGUGGAAUAUCCUAAAGGUGAUUUGGUGGGUAAGCUACUAGCGUGGAUAAGUCUGGCACCAAUCGGAAUCGGUGCUGGGUUCGUGGCUUUAAUACUGUUCAGAAGGGAUCUUCACACGAUCGUGUUCUUUCUUGGAACGCUGGUCAACGAAUGCUUAAAUAUCCUGCUGAAGCACUGGAUAAAAGAACCACGACCGAUAACGCGGGCUCAGAUCUGGACUGAGUACGGCAUGCCUUCAUCACACUCACAGUUUAUGUGCUUUUUUGCCACCUACGUGUUACUAUUUAUCUUCAUAAGACUGCAUCACAUAAACAAUAGUAAUAGCGCAAGAUUCGAACGACUCGUGAGACUGUUAGUGCUAGCGAUUUGCUGGACGGCAGCGUUCCUCGUUUGCGUCGGUAGAAUCUACUUACUGUACCACACGCUCACACAAGUGCUGGUCGGUGCACUAGUCGGCAUGAUCAUGGGGUCACUGUGGUUCCUGCUGACGCACUUCGUUCUCUCGCCCUACUUUCCGAUGGUCGUUUUGUGGCGCGUGUCGGAAUUGUUCCUGCUGCGGGACACCACACUCAUACCCAACAUCCUCUGGUUCGAGUACACGGUUACUCGCCACGAGGCCCGGGCGCGAGCGCGCAAGCUAGUGAGCAUGAAAUCUCAGUGACGUUUUUGGUCACCCUGACGGUGAUAUUCUGCUGGCAUUAAAUAGCAGCAAUCAAGGUGUACUUUGCUUUCUAUUUCUCCGACCAAUCGUGUAACAGGACUUGAGCCAGCUAGCAUGUAAACAGCAAUAUAAGUAACAAACCGCCACGUUACACCUGGCGACACCUGGGUGUAAUGGAUUACGCGGGCUCGUGCAUUGUUGCACGAAAAAAGUGGUACGCAGCUGCAAAAAAUGUGGAUCAACAAUCCAUUACGGUUUUGCUUAGUUAGUAAGAGUGUGUUUCUUAAAACUGAAUUCGAAAUUCACCUCGGACGUCCGACGCAAACGGUUAAGUUGAUUCGUUUUAUUUUCUUGUUCAUUUUGGCCGCCGAACGCCAAAAAUAACGGGCACUUCAUGACACUCGGCAAUCUAGCGCAGCAAAAAAAAAAAUAUGACAGAAUGUAGGAAUUUAGACGAAACACGAAUGAUGAUUAUAACAAACACACGCGCUCCUUAAUAUUCGACAUGUAUUCGCCGAUCUUAAACAAUGGAAUAAGGAGCUUACACCAUCAAUGGGAGAACGCGGAGCAGCAUGUGCACCAGAAGAUGUACUAUAAUGUGAUGAU